UAUAUUAAGUGUAAAAGUGAGCUAGCCUAGUUUAAUCUGGUUGAGCCUUUUUUUCAAAAAGUGAUACAAUUCAAUCGGUAUUGCUUUUUUGUAAGUCAAAAAAUACAUAACUCAACAACAUCAACUUGGUUGAGAAUGUGAAAAGAAACACGCAUUCCACCCACAUUAGAUUUAUGAAUUAGGUGAAUUGAUUUAUGACCUGACUCAUAUAAAUAAAUAAAAAAUUAUAAAUACAAAAAAUAAAGAAAAAUAGAAAAUACAAAUAAAAAAGUCUAACAACACAUUAAUUCAUAAUAACAAACCCAAAGAAUAACCAAAUAAAAUAAAAAUCUUAAAUAUUUAUAAUAGAAAAGGAAAAUAAAAAAUGAGUUGGGGUAACUUAAUCUGAGAUGACUUGUCUCAAUAUGCAUAUGCUAAGCGAGUUUAGAUAAGAAAAUUGAAAGAAGAAAAAAAAUAAACCAACCACAUUUUUAAUUUUUUUUUUAUAACUUAUCUACUUUGGAGCCAAUCAUUUUCAUAAUUAAUUAACUUAUAAGUUGGAUUGGGCUAUUGGGCUAAGUUAGUUCAAGAAUUAAACUCACAUUCACAACUCUAAUUUAUUAGAAAGUUUUGAAACUUUAAUCAAUACUGAGAUUUUCUUACUUUAAUGUUGUAUUUAAUCCAAUCAGAUUUUCAUUAAGUAGGUAUAAAUAACUCGUGUAGCAUAAACAGGAAGGAUAAUACUAAAUUAGAACUGACAAUAAUGUUUAUAAUUAUAAAGAAAUCCCAUGAAAUUCCAAAGUUAAAAACAUCCACUGAAUCCAUUCAAACUGCCGGCGUUACACGAAGUGACGGAAUUCUCACCCUUGUACUUGUCUUUCACAGACUUCACUGUUGAAAGUUAAAACAAACACAUCACUUUCCCAUAUGUGCCUCCAAUCAACCACCCCUUUUAACUUACUAAAGCUUUUAAAUAACCUCUUUUAUUAUCCUUGAAUGCUACAAUAUCAGGUGGUGAUCGUUAUUAUCUAUGACCCAUCAUUCCCAGAAUUAGAACUAUGCGAUUUUCAAUAUAAUAAAAAUGUUUACAAACAUGAAUUUUAUCUCAAUGACUGUAACAAGUUAUAACUGAGACUGAUCUCAGUAUCACUCAAGUCAGAACGAUGCAUUGGUUAUAUGACAUACUUUAAUUUUCAAGUAAUAUUUAAAACUGAUUAUUGUUUACGGUUACAGAGAAUGAUUACUUGCAACAAACAAUUAAAUUUCCUAAUGUGAAAUUUGCCAUUUAUAUUUUGCAACAAGAAUCCUCACUCUCCCACUCUCUCUCUAAUCAAGAACAGAAGAUGAUUAGAUGAACCAAAAAGUGCCGUUGAAUAAUUGAAACCGAAAGAAAAAAAAGCCCUUCCACAUGUGCCGGCGCAUAUCUCUGUAUUAAUAUUUUGCCGCGCCAUUUUCAUUGUUAGUGUGACGUUACAUUCACAGUCACACAUUAAAACCUCCUCACUUCCUCUGUUUUCUGCUAACUCUGCCACACUCUGUUUUGUUCUGUUUCCUUCGUCGACCAACUUUUGUUCUCUUUCCAUGAAGAGCGAACCCAAUAAUGAAUUGGUUUCCCCUUACUCUCCCAAACCCAAAACCCGUCAUGUAAGUUCCCGGUUCAUGUCUUCAAUCUCCACCGGUUCACCAUCCGGUUCAGCUUCCCCGCUCCGCCGCUUCCACCGCCCGGCGAAGAAGAAAUCCACCACCCUCGCCGAUUACAUCGGCGAUGAGAGGCUGAAAGAAACGGAGGAAAAUCACCAUCACCAUAAGAAUCAAAAACCCACGAACAGAGCAGGCUCUGUUUUCUCUGUUCUCACAAAACAGAGGAGCUGCAGGGAGUUGAAAAGCAACACCAAUGACUUAGAAGAAAACGAUCAUGACGUUACUGACAGGACCACGGGGAAUGGUUUCUCCGGAAAUUCUUUUUCUUCGCCGGUGGCGAAGAAACCGAGUUCUUAUAUUGCUCCUGGAAGACUCUCUCUGGAUGAAAACACCCUUAAGAAAAGCUUUCAUUGUUCUAGGAAUUCAAUUGAUUUAGAAUCAGAUAACACUAGUUUGGAGUCUGUUUCUCUUACAAGAACGUGGAGUUCGAGAAAAACGGGUAGGGAGGUUCCGUCUAAGUACAUGGCAACAAGGGAAAGGAGAGGAGAAGCUUCUGAUUCAGACCCUCAUUCUUCUGAUGAUUCAUCAUGGAUGAUGAACAAGUUUAUUACACAGAAAGCUAUGAAGAAGGCUAAUUCGCUUAUUGGGUACAUGAGUUCCAAGUCCCAGUGGGCAUUGUCUCCUGGGAGGUCAGGGUCACCACCUUUGUCUUUAGAAAGCAAGGAAAAGUCAUUGCCGUUUUCGAACUUGAGGCCUCCACACAAGAGAAUGGAGAAGAUUCUGAGCAUGGGUUUUGAUCUGUUUAGGACUAAGAAAUCUUCGACGACCAGGGAGGUGGUUCAUCAGUUGCGUCUGCUUAAUAACAGGUUAAUCCAAUGGCGGUUUGCAAAUGCUAGAGCUCAUGCUGUGAAUCACAACAUGUCUCUUCAGGCUGAGAGCAAUUUGAUAUGUGCUAUGGAUGGUUUAGCCAAGUUGCGGCACUCAGUGAUGCAAAAGAAGAUAGAGCUUGAGAGAGAAAAACUUGAGAUGAAGCUAAUUUUUGUACUGCAUUCUCAAAUGAAGCUAUUGGAAAUGUGGAGAUUUAUGGAAAGGCAACAUGUAGCUGCAAUUACCGAGAUGAAAGAGUGUUUGCAUUCUGUUGUAUGCAAAGUUCCUCUUUUAGAAGGUGCAAAGGUGGACAUACAAUUAGCAUCUAUUGAGCAGCGGCAUGCAUGUGAUUUAGCAGAUUCCGUCAAGUCAGUGUUAUCAACCUUUUCACCCUUGGCUGAUGAGACUGCCAAGUUGCUAUCAGAAUUAGCAAGAGUUGUUGCACACGAGAAGUUGCUCUUGCAGGAAUUCAAUGAUAUCGUCCACACCAUGAGUGUCCUUGAGCUUAAAGAACGGAGCCUGAAGUGUAGUCUCAUUCAAUUUAAGUGUUGAAAAGGAAAAUUCAAAAGCUGUAAUUUCCGUCAGCGAUCACUUGGUAGGUUUCAUGUAAAUAGUAGAUCAGCAAAAUUAACAAAUUCAUAUAAUCUACAUGUAAAGAAUAAACUACAAACGAAAUUUUGUGGUGAAGUGUUCGUAUACAAAGGCUGCUAACAUAGCAUUAGCAUCUGUUCAUACAACCUCCAAAUUAGAUUUUUUUUUCUUUUUCUUUUGGCUGAGCAGACAAGAUUUGUUUCUGUUUAUCUACUGUAAACUUGUGCAGUGAAAGUAUGAACUUCAUUAUGCAAUAUACUCGUCUUAGCUCAUUCUUUUAAUG